AGUGAUGUUGCAUGAGCAUUGGUACACACACAGAGAGAUGACAGAUCUUUCUAUUGUCUUCAGUUCCUUAAGAUAUUUUAAUGGCGGAGUUUCAGAGGCACUCACUCACAUAUCCCGUUAUCCAUGGCCGGCACACUCGUCCCUCGCGUCGUUCCACAUUAGAAUAGAAUAUCCAUCGGUAUAUCCACCUAAUAUACUCCAAAUAUUCCACCCGCUCUUGUGGAAACUAUCUCUGAGCAAACACAAAAUGCUGCUUCUGCUUAACUCUUCGUUUGUUGAUCUCUUUAUAUCUGUUUUGUGCUCUUCUUCACUUACUCUAGCAUAACUCCAUAUAUCACAGAGCGGUGUGUGUUCCAGAAGCUAAUUACAUUACCCAUGGCCAUGGAUAAGGAUAAGCGCGGCAAUUGCGUGAAUAGAGAGGGGUAUAAAGUUACUCCAUUGGUGCUGCAACCUGUGGAUAGGGUUAGGAACAGACUUAUCCCCGGGACAGUUGUGAUCGCUUAUGAUGCAACUAAAGAUCGCAGUGAGCGUGAAUUCUAUGAAACUAUCAGGGAUAUUAGGAUGAGGGGUGACAUUCUUCAUCCAGGUGACACCAUUGUUGUGCUUGGUGUGCUGCAUAAAGUGCUCCACCCUAUGGGUUAUCAUCUACAAGUGGUGAACUCAGAGUCAAUGUUUGGAGCGCCCCUUCGUGCCAUGGAAGAAGAGGUUGCAAAGAAGGCGGACCUAUAUGCGAACAUGCUCAUGCAAAGUGCACAAGAAUGUGAAGGUUUGGGGGUUGACAUUGAAGUGAAGAUUGUUGCUGGGGCUCUAAAGAAGGUUAUUGUACAUGAGGUCAAAAUUCUUGAUGCCACUUGGGUUGUGCUUGAUAGGAACUUUGGACGGGAUUUGCAGUUUUACCUUACUCAUGUACCUUGCAAGGUUGCACUUCAGGCAGAUAACUUGUUAGUUGAGGUUCGGAGAAAUGUUAGGAUAACAAAUAUUGAAAACACAGAAUAUAAGGAUAUUCAUUCAGUAUCCAAGUCUGUCCCUCUGACACCUAUUUCAUAUACUGAGAGCUCCAAGCAGUCUGCCGUUUCUCAUAACAGCGACUCUGCAUCUAUCAGUUCAACUGAAAACUCUGACUUGCCCAAUAAGAACUUGCAAUCGUCAUUGCCACAUAAUUCACAGGAGAAUAGUUUUUCAUUGCAAGAUGAUCUUGGCUCCAGCGUUAAGCAAGUGAGAUCAGGUAGGUAUGCCAAAGAGGAAAACAAGCAUCCAAGCCAUUCACUUGCUGUUUCAAAACAACGAAAAGAGCCUAGUCAGCACAGAUCAUUCAAUGCACCCAUUCUUUGCACUGCUUGUGGGAUGACAACAGAGCUGUAUAUCAAUGAUUCAAUGAGAUUCAGUUUUUCAGAAAUACAGUUGGCAACAGGUGAUUUUUCAACGGACAACUUGCUUGGAGAAGGCGGAUAUGGUCAUGUAUAUAAAGGUCAACUCAAGGAUGGGCAGUUAAUUGCUGCAAAGGUGCGAAAGGAAGCAAGUACCCAAGGAUUUUCAGAAUUUCAUUCCGAAGUUUAUGUAUUAAGCUUUGCUCGCCACAAAAAUAUUGUGAUGCUGCUAGGCUACUGUUGCAAGGAAAAUGUGAAUAUCUUAGUCUAUGAGUACAUCUGCAACAAAUCUCUUGAAUGGCAUCUAUUUGAUAACCCAGAGAACAUUCUUGAGUGGCAUCAAAGAUACUCCAUUGCCAUCGGAACUGCUAAAGGUUUGUGUUUUCUGCAUGAAGAAUGCCGUGGGAGUCCCAUAAUUCACCGUGAUAUGAGGCCUGGCAAUAUACUUCUCACUCAUGACUUUGUCCCCAUGCUAGGUGACUUCGGACUUGCAAAGUGGAAGACAAAUGAAGAGAAUGUACAAACCAGGAUACUUGGCUCACUGGGAUACCUUGCCCCUGAAUAUGCUGAGAAUGGUAUUGUAUCAGUAAGAACAGAUGUCUAUUCAUUUGGCAUUGUUCUUAUUCAAUUGAUAUCAGGACGCAAAGUUGUAGAUUCAACAAGAGAUGACAGCCAACAAUCCCUGAAACAGUGGGCAAUACCAUUGAUUGAGCGGCUCGCGUUACAUGAGCUCAUUGAUCCCCGUAUUGAAGAUUCAUAUGACCCAUUUGAAAUAUACCACAUGGCUAGGACAGCAUUCCUUUGUGUGCAAACUAACCCCGAGAUGCGCCCAUCAAUGGCAGAGGUCAUACGCCUUCUUCGUGGAGAGUUGGAGGAUACCCACUAUAUUGCAGAGCAGUUUAUACCUCAUUUUGCACCUCAUGUUAGAAAUAGUUAAUUUUAAUUUUAGUCCUCGAACUAUUGCUCUUUUUCAAUUUUUGUUUUUUCACUUCAAAAUUGAUCAUAUUUGAUGCUUGACUUCUGCAAACAUGUCAUUGUUAGCCCUCCAAGGACCAAGAUUUGGUACCUGACUAGGACUAAAAAUGACUUGUUUUCAAGGCCAUAUAUCAAGUUUGGUUAAUUUUUAAGUCAAUUACUAAAAAUUGAAAUGACAGAAUAGUUAAUUGACUAAAAGUAAAAUUAACUCAUUACUCACUUGCUGCCUUGCUGGGUUGUUUUUCAUAAAGUUAAAUGUGGAAUGUAUGCCGCAAAUUGAGGCGUUAUAUGUAUAUUUUGGAUGGGAAGUCGAUGUUACCCACACGGCUACAUGCGAACCACAUAUAAUAUGCAUGCUUUUAUUCUUUCAUUUCAA